AUGGGUGGCGAUCUCAACCUGAAAAAGAGUUUCCAUCCCUCCCUCAUCAAGAACCAGGCCAAGGUCUGGGAGGAGGAACGAAAGGCCCUUGAGGAGCGCAAGAAGACACAGCAGAGAAUCAACGAACUCAAGGAAGAGCGCGAGCGCGAAGAGCUGCAGAAGAAGCUUGAGGCCGCCGGCCACACCAAACGAGUCGAUCGCGUCGAGUUUCUCUACAGCGGCCCCACCGAUGGACAGACCGGCACGACAGAGGAGCGCGAGAGCUACCUCCUCGGCAAGCGCCGCAUCGACAACUUGCUUAAGGGCACGGAGCACAAGAAUCUAGAGAAGCAGGCUGGACAGGAGAGUUUCAUGGCACUGCAGGCGGCCAACACAGCAAGAGACACCGCAGCCAAGGUCCGGGAAGACCCUUUGCUCGCCAUCAAGAGACAAGAGCAAGCCGCCUACGAGGCGAUGAUGAAUGAUCCCAUUAAGCGCAGACAGCUGCUGGCAUCUAUGGGCAUCGCCGACGACAAGUCAAAGUCCAAGGACAGAGAUGAGAAGCACAAGAGAAGGCAUCAUCAUAGACACCGCGAUGGCGACGACGACAAAGAAAGGCACCGACGGAGGAGGCGGUCCUACUCCAGAUCCAGAAGUCCGCGCCGGCGGAGAGACUCUGAAGACGAGGACCGCCAUGAGAGACGACGACGCAGCGAUUCAGAGGACAGGCACAGCCAUCGACGUAGACGGUCGUCGAGAUCGAGAUCGCCACGCAGACGCGAUCAUGGCGACAAGGACGACUACGGCAGGCAACACCGCCGCGACCGCCGUGGGGACCGCGAACGAAGAAGGCCUGGAUCGGUUUCCGAUGAAGGUCGUGCCGCCAGACGAAGAGAAAGGUCACCUCAAGAGAGCGACAAGCGGGAUGACCGAACCGGGGAUGCACCGGGGUACCGAGGCCGCAGAAACUACGACAAUCGGCGGCAAGACCGGGACAGACGACUCGACGGCCGUGCCAACAGUGACAAAGAACCGGACGACCGAGCUGCGGAUGAGGAAAGGGCACGUAAGCUAGCAGCGAUGCAAUCGGCGGCUUCUGACCUCGAUACCGACCGAGUCCGGCGUCUAGCGGCGCUGGCAGAGCGUGAGAAGGCCGCGCGCGAGGCCGACGACCAGGCGAGAGAGCGGUCUUCCAAGUACGGCGACAGGGAGUUCGUCAACGGCCUGCAUCGGAAAGCCGGCAACAUGAGCCUGGGAGAGAGGAUGGGCCGCGGCAGGCAAGGUCUGCAAAAGGAUGAUGACUGA